UCGAUCCGUUAUCCACCACAACAGGGCUGUCGACCCGAGGCGCCUUCUCAACUUUUUCUUCUGGUCCCAACAGAAAAUUGGAACUCAGCAACACCGACAAGAAUUGGUGCUUGUAGGGAUUUUGAUGGGUUCAAUUCAGAGGUUUUCAAUAUAUUGAUUGAUGGCUAUAGGAAAUUGGGAAUGCUAGCUGAGGCUGUUGAUGUGUUCUUGGGUGUCGAUAACGUCAACUUUUUGCCUAGUUUGUUCUCUUGCAACUCAUUGUUAAGAGAUUUGUUAAAGGUUAAUAAGGUGGAGUUGUUUUGGAAAGUAUGUGAUAAAAUGCGUGACAGACAGAUGCCUUUUGAUGGAUAUACCUACAGUAACAUCAUUGGAGCUCAUUUUAAGGAUAAUAAUGUUAAAGAGGCAAAAAGAGUUUUUUAUGAGAUGGAGGAGAAGGGAUGCAGCCCCAAUGUGGUCAUUUACAAUGUCGUUAUCUGUGGGUUAAUAAGAGCAGGAAAGCUUGAUGAAGCUGUUGAAAUGAAGACAGCAAUGGUUAAGAAGGGGUUCUUGCCUGAUAGUUACACUUACGUGGCUUUUAUUAAUGGGUUUUGUGCAGAGAAGAGAUUGGGAGAUGCAAAGUUGGUUGUUUCUGAGAUGAUUGGCAAGGGUUUAAAACCAAAUGCAUUCGUAUAUAAUUCUCUAAUUGAUGGGUUUGUAAAGCAAGGUGACCUAGAAGAGGCUUUUAGGAUUAAGGAUGAAAUGCUUGCUUCUGGAGUUAGUGUAGACCUUCUCAUAUACAACAUGCUGCUUAAUGGGCUUUGUAAGUCUGGGAAGAUAGAUAAAGCAAAUGAAGUUCUAAAUGAAAUAGCCAGGAUGGGUAUGAUACCAAAUUCAAGAACUUAUAGUUUGUUGAUUGAAGGCUUUUGUCGAGAAGGUAAUAUGGCUAGAGCUUUUGAAGUUCUUAAUGUUAUGAAGAAGAAAAAUAUAGCUCCCACUGUGAUAACUUACAGUGUGAUAAUUAAUGCACUAUGUCGUGUUGGAGAUCUCCAGCAAGCUGAUGCUGUUUGGGAGGAAAUGACUGCAAUGGGUUUGAGGCCCAAUGCCAUUAUCUAUACAACUUUGCUUUCAGGUUAUACUAGGGAAGGUAAACUUGUAAAAGCAAGACAGCUGUUGGAAAAUAUGAAGAAAGAAGGGAUUAUGCCAGACGUAGUUUGCUACAAUUCGCUCAUAAUUGGUCUCUGCAAAGCCAAAAAGAUGGAAGAAGCAAGGACUUACUUGGUUGAAAUUCUGGAUAAAGGACUAAAGCCAAAUUCUUACACGUAUGGAGCUUUCAUCCAUGGGUAUAGCAGGGUGGGGGAGAUGCAGAUGGCUCACGGGUGCUUUAAUAUGAUGCUAGAUUGUGGUGUAAUGCCUAAUGAUGUAAUUUACACAGUUUUGAUUGAUGGACACUGCAAAGAAGGAAAUACAACAGAAGCAUUCUCUAUAUUUAGGAGUAUGCUUGCUCGAGGAGUUCUUGCAGAUGUUCAAACUUUCAGUGUACUCAUUAAUGGCCUCUCAAGGAAUGGAAAAAUGCAAGAAGCUUUAGAUGUCUUCUCAGAACUUUGUGACAAGGGCUUAGUUCCAGAUGUUUAUACUUACAACUCUGUCAUCACUGGUUUCUGCAAACUAGGUGAGACAGAGAGGGCUUUUCAAGUUCUUGAUGAGAUGCACGUAAAAGAAAUCAGACCAAAUAUUGUUACUUACAAUGUAUUGAUUAAUGGGCUUUGCAAGGCAGGUGAUAUAGAAAGAGCUAAGAAGUUGUUUGAUUGCAUUCUGGAAAAUGGAUUGAUCCCCAAUAAUGUGACAUACACUACAAUGAUUGAUGGUUAUUGCAAAUCUGGAAAUAUAACUGAAGCAUUCCAAUUACUAAAUGAGAUGUCACUGAGAGAUGUCAAACCAGAUAGUUUUGUCUACAAUGCCCUUCUCAGUGGAUGCUGCAAAGAUGGAAAAUUGGAGAAAGCAUUAGAGCUAUUUGAGCUUAUGUUGCAGAAGGGCAUGACUACAACUCUCUCUUUUAACACAUGGAUAGAAGGCCUCUGCAAGAAUGGAAAGUUACAUGAAGCCGAGCAAUUGGUGGAAAAAAUGGUAGAAUAUCAGGUUGUGCCUAAUCAUGUCACCUUCACAACUUUAAUUGAUCAGCACUGUAAAUUGCAAAAUAUCGACAAAGCAAAGCAACUAUUUGUAGAGAUGAAGGAAAGGAGUCUAUUACCAACCACCAUAACUUAUACCUCACUUUUAAAUGGUUACAAUAAAAUAGGAAAUAGAGCUGAAGUUUUUGCUCUAUUUGAGGAAAUGGUAGCAAGGAGAAUUGAACCGGAUAAAAUCACAUACUGUGUAAUGAUUGAUGCAUACUGCACAGAAGGGAAUGUGAUGGAAGCUUUGAAAUUGAAAGAUGUGAUGCUGGAGAAUGGGAUGCCGCUUACUGUGUGUACAUAUGAAGCUCUUAUUGGAGCUCUACUUGAAAAAAAAGAAUUUUCUGAAACAUUGAAGUUGCUUGAUGAAGUUGGGAGGAGCGGGCUUAGCCUCAGUUUUGCCUUGUGUAGCUCCAUAGCUAAAGGUUUUCAUGCAGCUGGUAUUAUGGAUAAAUCUGAAAUUGCUUUGGAACUUAUGAUAAAGUUUGGAUGGAUUUCAGACUCCAUUAGCUUGGCUGACUUGGUUGGGGGAGAUAAAAGCACUAAAGAUGUUGAAGAUUCCAAAAAUCUCAUGAAGGAAAAGAUAUGAGGGUGUUCAAAUAGGUGAAAACUUCUAUCUUUGUGCUGCUUCUCAUCCAUCACUCAUGGAUGAUUUGGCCAAACAGCUGCAUCAGAUGAAAUUCUAUGGAGUUGUCAAGUGAUGUUAGCCCCUGGUGCUCUGUCUGAGCCAGUGGCCAUCCUUUUCUGCACUCCCAUGAUUGAGGUUUAGGCCAGCUGGUAUAUUUGGGACUCAUGAAGGUAAUGAAUGUUUUUUUCUUUUGAUUAUUAACUCAUCAUUUUAUAAUUAAACCAAGAAAAUCAUGUUCCUCAGAGAAAAGAACCAAAUACCUUUGACACUACAUAUCAGCCAAAACAAAAUUACAAAAACAAAUUACUGUAUGAAACCAUACCCAGCUGCUGACCAAAACACAUUAGAUGCUAUUUUAACUUCUGCUUAAGAUUAGUUCUGCAUCCUUUCUGUACAAACAAACCCAACAAACUCAAACCCUAAACCAGCAGAUCGUUGAGUUAAUUACACCUUGGCGACCCACUUAAUGGAAAUUGAUUUCCAAAGAACAAACGCUGGUCUUUUUCUUUUUCAUGUGCAACCAUAUAAUGGAAAUUGAUUUCUGUACACAUUCUUCAGGUUUCAGUUUGAUGGUCUAGCCAGUAUAUUAGGCAGGAGUGUCACGUCAUUAGCAGAAGUUCUUGAAAUUUUCAUUUUUAUGGCUGGCAUAACCUCUUUCAAGUCCUAGGAGAGGAGUCUUGUUUGCUUUAUGUUAAGCCUGACAGUUUAAUGGGGAGUACAUUGAUGCUCGGCUAGCAUUUUCCUCUGCCAAUUGGUAUUGCAGAGGUGAGAGAAGAAUUGAUGUUUUUAAUCUCGAAGAUGGUCCUGAAAGUCGCUAGUUAUCUGCAAUGCAGUUUGUUCUAUUUUGUCUCUGCUUCAAUAUGCCCCUCGGUAUGAUGACUUUUUAUGUAUAAUUUGUUAUGUCUAAUUCUGAAAGUUUAGAUAUCCCAAAUUGAAGCUGGGGAUAAGGAAAGGUAGAAGGAGAAGGACUAGCUUGUUGCUUGAUAAUACUUAAAAGCAAACAGAGCUUAGUAAAUGAACUUCUAAGGUGUAAAA